AUGGGGUUCUCAUCAAAAAUAUUCAAUGCUACAAGGAUUCAAAGACCUUUUGACAGGAAAAAGAUACUCUUGGACAGCAAAGCGAACAUGACCAUCACAUACAAUCGUCAACUGCAAAACUAUACCAACAAUACAUUCAAAAAUGUGUUGAAGGCCAUUAAAUCAGUUUCAAGAGUUACCGUUGUCUGUUUGGAAUCAGCAGAUGCACGACGAAAUAUGUACAUUGCCAUCGCCGAAGAAGGCAUGAACACUAAUGAGUAUGUGUAUUUGCUGUUGGAUAACAGAAAACUGGGAUUUAAUGAAGAAUGGAAACUCCAAGAUGGUACAUCAGAUGGAAAAGAUAGUGUUGCUUUAAGUGCCGCUAAAAAAUUUUUUGUGAUCGACUCGCAACCGCUAAACUCAUCUGAUCAGUUCGUGACUGAUGUCAUUGCUAAGAUCCAACAACCUCCAUUUAAUUGCAUAGAUUGCUCAACACUUGAUCCAGAUACUAUCCAGGUAUGUAGAUUUAUUUGCUUAUAAUC